GAAAAUCACGUGUAGAGUGGGAGCGAGGCGAAAGGGCACGGACGAAGAAAUUAGCUCAAUGAAAAAUCCCACUGGCUUUUGGUAAAUUUAUCUUCUCCCUCCCCGCGAUCAAAUUUCAAACUUCUUCUUUUUCUCCCUUCCUCCAUACCGUCUUCUUUGAAGUUUUUUAUUACCAUAAAUUCUUCUUCUACCCUAAUACAACCUUCAAGAUGGCCGACGAAGUUUACGAGGGUGCCAUUGGUAUCGAUCUUGGAACCACAUACUCUUGUGUUGCUGUAUACGAGGGAACCAAUGUUGAGAUCAUUGCCAACGAGCAAGGUAGCUUCACCACCCCAUCUUUCGUUUCCUUCACCGACAAGGAGCGUUUGAUCGGUGAGUCUGCUAAGAACAAUGCCGCCAUGAACCCAAAGAACACCAUCUUUGAUAUCAAGCGUUUGAUCGGAAGAAGAUUCGAUGACCCCCACACCACAAAGGAUAUUCAAUCAUGGCCUUUCACCGUUGUUGACAAGGAUGGAUCCCCAUUCGUUCAAGUUGAGUAUCUCGGAGAGGAGAAGACCUUCUCCCCACAAGAGAUCUCAUCUAUGGUUUUGACCAAGAUGAAGGAAAUCGCCGAGGUUAAGUUGGGCAAGAAGGUCGAGAAGGCCGUCAUCACUGUUCCAGCUUACUUCAACGACAACCAACGUCAGGCUACCAAGGAUGCUGGUGCCAUCGCUGGUCUUAACGUUCUCCGUAUCAUCAACGAGCCUACUGCUGCUGCCAUCGCUUACGGUCUCGGUGCUGGAAAAUCCAACAAGGAGCGUAACGUUCUCAUCUACGAUCUCGGUGGUGGAACUUUCGAUGUUUCCCUCCUUAACAUUCAAGGUGGUGUCUUCACUGUCAAGGCUACUGCCGGUGACACCCAUUUGGGAGGUCAAGAUUUCGACACCAACCUCCUUGAUCACUUCAAGAAGGAGUUCACCAGAAAGACCAAGAAGGACUUGUCUAACGACCCCCGUGCUCUCCGUCGUCUCAGAACUGCUUGCGAACGUGCUAAGAGAACUCUCUCCAACGGUGCUUCCACCAACGUUGAGAUCGAUUCCUUGUUCGAUGGUGAGGACUUCAAUGCUCAAAUCACCCGUGCCAGAUUCGAGGACCUCAACGCCAAGGCCUUCUCCGGUACUUUGGACCCUGUUGCACAAGUUCUCAAGGAUGCCAACAUUGAUAAGAGCAAGGUUGACGAAAUCGUUCUUGUCGGUGGUUCUACCCGUAUCCCAAAGAUCCAAAAGCUCUUGAGCGAGUUCUUUGACAACAAGAAGUUGGAGAAGAGCAUCAACCCUGAUGAGGCUGUUGCUUACGGUGCUGCUGUUCAAGCUGGUAUCCUUUCCGGAAAGGCUACCUCUGCUGAGACUGCUGACCUCCUCCUUUUGGAUGUCGUCCCACUUUCCCUCGGUGUUGCCAUGGAGGGUAACAUCUUUGCCCCUGUCGUUACCAGAGGUCAAACUGUUCCAACUAUCAAGAAGAGAACCUUCACCACAGUAGCAGACAACCAGCAAACAGUCCAGUUCCCAGUUUUCCAAGGAGAACGUGUCAACUGCGAAGACAACACCUCCCUCGGAGAGUUCACCCUUGCUCCUAUUCCACCAAUGAAGGCUGGUGAUGCAGUUCUCGAGGUCGUUUUCGAAGUCGAUGUCAACGGUAUCUUGAAGGUCACUGCUACUGAGAAGACUUCCGGACGUAGCGCCAACAUCACCAUCGCCAACUCCGUCGGUAAACUCUCAUCCUCCGAGAUCGAGAAGAUGGUUGCAGAUGCAGCUGAGUUCAAGAGCAGUGAUGACGCUUUCAGCAAGAGAUUCGAGUCCAAGCAACAACUUGAGUCAUACAUUUCAAGAGUUGAGGAGAUCAUCUCCGACCCAACUAUGUCCAUCAAGUUCAAGCGUGGCAACAAGGAGAAGAUUGAGUCUGCUUUGAGCGAUGCUAUGGCUCAACUCGAGAUUGAGGAUUCUACUUCUGAUGACUUGAAGAAGAAGGAACUUGCUUUGAAGAGAGCUGUCACCAAGGCCAUGUCCACUCGUUAAAGUGUGAUUUGAGUUAUUGGGUGGUGGAGUGGAAUGUGGAAGAAGUUAUUGAUGCAUAUGAGUUCAUGACACGGAUGAAAUGGACUGGACCCUCUGGUCACAGGCUCAUAUUGGGUUUACAAAAAGUCACUUAUCCGUUAUUUGCAUGGUCGUCUGGCUAUUUUACGGUUCUGAUAUUUCUUUGAUGUUUGUCUACAGGCAUAACAAGAUUGUCCGUAUACCAAGGGGUGUUAAUAAGCAAAAAAAUAUCAAAUUGAUCACGUUAAAAACUUUAUAUUUGUUCCA